UCAGUGUGGCGGCAGAUAUCGUGUGGUUCAGGUCGUGUUGUUAGCUGCUGUGAGAGAAACAGUGAAGACAUCAGCCUCGUCUGUCUGUUCAAAUUUAUACUCCCUGCUUCAGAGGAAGAUGGUGUGGCGACCGAGGAAGGUGCUACCUGUGUUGAUUGUAACUGUUACCUGCUUUUUGUGGCGUGAUGACCUUGUGACCACCGUCUUGGGCAACGUCUUGACCUCUACACCUAAAGUUAGAGGUCAGGGAGAGAGGACAAGGGGGGAGGUCACGGAAAGAGAAAACAAUAAGACAUCACCCAUAGUAAACACGACCCAGACAACGAAGGCAGCGGGGGAUGGUGGUGGUGACGAUGAUCCGUGGAAGUUGGAGCAGCGUCGACGGAAAGAAGCUGUUGACAGAGCUUGUGGGGGAAGGCACGAUGGUUUCAGAGACAAUCUGCCCAGGGGUAAGGGAAGUUCUGCCAUCUUCUCUCUCUUGGUUGACAACACUCACAAGGCCAUCUAUUGCUUCGUGCCCAAGGUCGUUUGUACCAACUGGAAGAGGCUGUGGAUGAUCCUUACAGGCCUGAGCAAGGAGACAGAACCCUUGAAGAUUCCUAACUUCGUCCCUCACAAGUUACACCGAAAGAUGAUGUUAGUACUUCAGUCCAAGAGUACUAGAGUGCUGCUGCAGAACCUCCACAACUACACCAAGUUCCUGGUGAUUGUGAGAUUAGCAGCAGCUUCCUCCCCAUGUGUGGGCAUGGAGACUGUCAUGUACAGGAAUAUAAGUCAUGUAUUGAAGAGCACCAUUGUCCCUUGUACACUGGAACUCUCAAGAGGGAUGGCUGGACACAACAAGUGGUCUAACAUCAAACACAUCAAGGCCAGUAAAGAUGCCGAGAGGCAGAAGAUAUACACAAAGUGUUCUCGUCUUAUAAGAAAUGCAAUAAAAGAGGGUGGAAAUACUGACCCCAACCUGAACUCCAAACUUGCCAAGGCUGUUGAACUUGCUCGCAGUAACAACAUGCCUCUAGCUAGUAUAAAUAAUGUUAUAGAAACACAUCAGAAGUCUCAGGACAAUGCUAAGGCUGCCAUCAUAGAGUACAGGGGACCUGGAUCUGUGUUCUUCUUGGUCGAGCUGUUGACUGACAACGUAAAUCGCACCAAGAUAGCUUUGCAGAGCGUGAUCAAAAAAUUUUAUGUGCAGGAAGCCAAAGGUAGUGCUCGACACAUGUUUGAGGAGAAGGGGAUCGUGGUGGCCAGUGGUAAAGGAGCCUCACUGGAAGCAGCUAUGGACAGUGCCAUUGAGGUUGGGGCAGAGGACGUAGCAGAAGAGGAUGAUAACUUAGUGUUCACCAGUGCCCCUAACGACUUCAUGCAAGUCAAACAAGGUUUGGAGAGCCUCGGGUAUGAAAUAAAUUAUGCCAACGUUGACUAUUUAGCGAAAAUACCCGUGACAAUUUCUGAAGAUGACGAGAAGCAGUUAACUACGUUGUUCCAAAAAUUAGAAGAUAUUGACGAUGUAAUGAAAAUCCACGUUAACACUCAGUAAUGUAUUUUUAAUAUUUAUGGUGUUUAAUUACAAUAAAAAAGAGUUUAUGGG